UUCCUUUUCCUCCUCACAGUUGGACUCCCGGACUGUGUCAGGUCGCACCGGCUGCUCUGUUUUUUGUUUAGCUGGUGUGGAGCUGGCCUGGCUGCUGGGGUUGCUCAGACUGUGCGCUGAAUUAAAAAGAAAUCCCAGAAAGUGGACCGUCAAGCUUCAGGAGGGGGACAAGGGGGAAGAGCAGAAGAAAGGGGACACCUCUGCUGAUCUUGAAGUCUUGAACAGGAAAUUAGGACAGGAAGGUUGCUAGACUGUGAACCUGCUGCCACAAACAAACCAGGGAGGCCCAGCAAAGGCAGAAUGGGAGCUUCUUAUGGAAAGAAGAAGUCGUACAGCAUUGAUCAUGAGCCUCCACCGAAGCAGCAGUGUGUGAAGAACGGGAAGCAUGCAAAGGGCAGAGCUUCGGCACAUGCAGAGCUGCACCAGCACCACUCAGAGAGCCUCCCGCGGAGGGCGGCUCCGGUCUCCAGCGGGAUUCCCCCACCUGAUUACCUGGACAGAGACGAGGAUGGAGAACUGAUCAAACCCAGGAAGCUGGUAAAUCCAGUGAAGUCCUCCAGAAGCCACCAGGAGCUUCAUCGUGAACUACUAAGCAGCUGCAAACGCAGUGGGACGAGUGUGGAGACAAAGCCGGAGCUGCAGAGAGUUCUGGAGUCCAGGAAGAGAGAGCAGCUGAUCCGACAGAGAAAGCAGGAGGAAGAAGCCCACCGCAAGGUUUCCCCUCUGGAGGCUGAGCUGCUGAAGAGACACAAGAAGCUGGAGGAGCUGGAACGACAGCAGGAGCAGCAGCAGCAGGAAAACCUGAAAGCUCCAGAGUUCGUCAAAGUCAGGGAGAACCUGAGACGGACGUCCUGUCAUGGCAAAGAGGAGAAGGAGGUCUAGCAGAUACAGAAGAUGUCCACCGGAGGACAUCGCGUUGAUGAGUUAACAGGCCACUAACACACUGAGAGAAGACUGUGAUGAGGAGCAGCAAGAGAAGAAGAUAUGCUCCUCAGGCUCACGGUGUGAGUAGACUCUGAGGACAUGCUGGCACGAUGAGGAGCACAGACAGAGCUGGAGACACCAUCAAUGUGCCUACAAGACAAUCAGAGAGAGGGUAGAGGCUGCUGAUCAUAGAUUGAUCAACCAUGGAUGAAUACAUCCUACAGCAAAACCAUCAGCAGUUUGAUUCUCCAGACAAAAACAUUUGAUGAUGUGAAACCACAGGACACGGUUAUGUGUGCUUCAGUUCAGCUGUGCAGAGUUCAAACUAACAAAUCAAGAUUCUUGGAGUAGAUCAAGUGCGGUCCACAUUGAGUGGAACAGUCUAAAGAUAGAGGCAGACCGGAGGCUGAACUGAAAUCAGUGGUUGAAGUUCUGAUGGUACCCAUAUUCAGAGUACUUAUGCUAAUGAAGGUCCACAAAUGGAAAAACAGGGAUGUAGGAUCAGAAAGCACAGAGUGAAGAAACACUUUGUAAGUACCGGUCAGCAUCUUCUGAAAAAUGCAGUGGUUCUGCAGGACACAUGCUGUGUUCAGGGUGUUCUUGAGCACAGUCAGUUUGAUCCAACUCCUACAAAUUCUGAGAAUUAGCUGGAGAAGGACAUCAGGAGGUUUCAGUCCUAGUUUCAAAAUAAACCAGGAACAUGAGAUUAGUGGUAUUUAUUAGAAAUGAACCAGUUUAAAAUCCAUCAACACCAUACUUCCUCUUUCGUCUGCCUUCAAAAUAAGGUGAAAAAUUGUAUCCAGCAGAUCCAGCAGAUGUGUCACAAUUUGAACAGGUAGUGAGCUUUGAUGCUGUGUGAGAACAUUUAUUUGCAUGAUCAUAUGUGUACUGAAAAACAAGAGCAAAAUUAGGACUUUUGAAACUAUUGUCCCACUGUUCCGACUCUUCCCUCUUCUGCACUCACUUUGUCAAAAAUAAGCUGGCCACGAGCAAGGAUGCUGCUGUUCUGGGUCCCAGACAGCAGGCGGCGGUAUGCACUUUUUUUCAUUGGUUUACCAACCACCAACAAAGGAAAGGUACUUGUGGAAACACACACACACAAAAAAGUUUUUUUAGAAUAUUUUCUUUUACACUAUGGUCAGUCUUAUUUAGCAUAAUGUUGUUUUCAGUUCAGUUCACGUUGUUGUUUUACGCUGAGUUGUUUGAAGCGAUUGACAUGCAGCACUGGGUUAAUUAUUAUCUCAACGGUAAUAUCAGAAAAAUCUUAUUAUGUUUUGUUUACAACUAAAUGACACUCAGCUAUUUCUGAACCUUUCAUUGUGUUAUGGUACUG